UUCAGAAAACAAACGUGUCCAACAUUGUAAAUAAUAUUUACAUUUAUUGCUGUUGUUUAACUAAUUUAAUCAACGAUGUUCAAAAACUCAUACCAAAAUGGAUUGCUGUCCAUAUUUUAUAGUUGCGGGGCCAACCCUCUGGCGAUAUGGGACAUGGAAGUGAAAAAUGGACACAUAAAGCGACUAACUGACAGUGAAGUAAAUUCCAUAGUCCUCGAAAUCGUUAGUACGAAUGUUGCAACUACAUAUAUAACAUGCCCAAAAAACAAUCAAGUUUUGGGCAUAAAACUACCCUUCUUAGUCAUGAUCGUCAAAAACUUAAAACGCUAUUUUUCAUUCGAAAUCAUGAUACUUGACGACAAGAAUAUGAGAAGGCGCUUCAGAAUCUCUAAUUUUCAAUCUACGACCAAAAUCAAACCUUUUUGUACAAGCAUGCCUAUUGGUCUAGCAGGAGGUUGGAAUCAAAUACAAUUUAAUCUAGCUGAUUUUACAAGAAGAGCGUAUGGAACACAAUUUAUAGAAACUUUGAGAGUACAAGUACACGCUAAUGCGAGAUUAAGAAGGAUUUAUUUUAGCGAAAGACUUUACACUGAAGAAGAACUACCUCAAGAUUACAAACUUUACUUGCCCUUGGAGCGAAAACAGAAGAAGGGGAAAGUCAAAAAAGGGGAAGAAGCAGCUACUUCGGCUGAGGGCGGUGCGCCAGGUGAGCCUGCAGCGCCAGUCGAAGCCAAGCAAUCCGCAACAAAGAAGAGUGAAGUUGCCCCAACACCACCGAGCGCCCCACCUGAGAAGGCGGAGCCUGAGGCACCUCCUGAGCCGGAGCCUGCUGCAGCAGAAGCUCCUGCCGAAGAACCAGCAGCCGAGGAACCUAAAGCUGAAGAUGCUGAAGGUGAGAAGCCAGCAGAAGAGGCUAAGGAAGCUGAGGGUGAGGCGCCUGAAGAAGGCGCUGAAGGUGCCCCGCCCGCCGAGACUACUGAGGCUGAGGCUGAGGGCCCCAAGGAAGCUGAAGGUAGCGAAACUGCAACAGUAGAACCCACGACUGAAGAAGGUGGAGAAGAUGAUGAAGAAGCGGACGCAGAGGGAGAUUAAAAUCAUUGCAAUCAGAUUUUUGAUCGGUUUUACGUUAAUUUACUAUUUUUUCGUUCUAAUUGUUUAGAUUUAUUGUUGAUAGUAUAAUUAUGUACUCGUAUUUUGCUUAAUAGUAACGUUUAUUGCUUUCAAUUGCGAAUAAUGGAAUGUAGAUGAUAUAUUAUGUUAUGCAUGUAAUUAAAUGCUUGAUCAUUGUUUGUUUA